AUGGUUCUGGGAAGCUAUUUCAAGGCUGACAGGCCCGAAAUGACGCCCUCUCCCGCCCAAGCACCUUCUUUUGCCCCGCGAAACCGCACAUCGCCAUCGUCAGAAAUUCGCCCGCCGCCUCUGGGUACCGACAUGGAGCUCCAACCACCCUCUCCGCGCAACUUCUCCCGUCCCGGGUCGAUCUCUGGUCGUUCCGUCAGAUCCAAUGGUAGCUCCAUGUUCAUCGACGAAAUUAAGCACGAGGUCAUGGUGAACUACCUGUACCAGCAACAGUGCUCGCAACUUUGGGUGGGUGAUGGCUCCGGCGAGGUCGAGGGCGUGCUCUUGAGGAAAGCAAGAGGUCACUACAUGGCAUGUCCGCCCCAAUUGGGCAGCUCUGCCUUUGCCCUUGCUUGUGCGGCGAUCAACGUGCAGUGUGCCAUGACCGUGAACUCUAGAGUCAUCAAAACCUUUCUGCAAUGGAGCCCUGACGCUGUCGACGUCCCAUUGAUGAACGGCCUGCGGAUCCAAAUCAUCCCUUCCAUGGAGGACCUCACCCGGGCGAGAAAACACCAAUUUGCCGCGUUCGUUGCGUCCGAGGGAUUGCUGGUAGUGUGGGACGACGAUGCGCUGCAUCUGGUGCAAAGGGCCAAGGCCAUCGAAUCGGAACUGAUGGAAUUGGUGUGGAAAUCAGGCAACUCUGUCGAUGAUGAUGACCAUGACGAGAAGAAGACCCCUCGCGUCCACACAGCAGAGAUUGACGAAGAGACGGGUGACACCAAGCCCGAUAGGAGGCCCAUCCAUCUCCAGAACAGUGUUCUCGUUGCCUUGACCAUGGUGCUGGUCUUCCUUGCCAUGGGAGCUGCCUGGCGGCAGUUGGCCGUCCAGAUCUCGGUCGAUGGCAAUUUUACCCGUCUCGCCCUGCUGGCACUGUUUCCCAUACAGAUUUUCUUUACCCUCUUCUUCGCUCAGGUCAUCAUCGGCUGCCUCGCCCAGAUCUUCGGUCCCGUUCGUCAGCUCACGGUCAACUCCAAGUUCUACUCGGCCCGCCCACCCAAGCGCUUGCAAACGGACACGCUUCCUCAUGUCACCAUCCAAUGCCCCGUGUACAAGGAGGGUCUCCAGGGCGUCAUCAUCCCAACGGUCAAGUCCAUCAAGCAGGCCAUGUCGACCUAUGAACUCCAAGGCGGAUCCGCCAACAUGUUUGUCAACGACGACGGCCUGCAACUGCUCUCGGAAGAGGAGCGCCGUGAACGUAUCGACUUUUAUGCCGACAACAGCAUCGGCUGGGUUGCCCGGCCGAAGCAUGGUGAAGACGGGUUCCAGCGCAGGGGCAAGUUCAAGAAGGCGUCCAACAUGAACUACGCCCUCAUGAUCUCGAACAAGGUCGAGGAGAAGCUACAGUCCAUCUCCCGGCCUGCUGAGUGGUCCCAGCACGACGAGGCGCAGGCCUACGAGCAGGCCCUCAAGGACGUCCUCGAGGAAGAUGGCCGCGCCUGGGCCGAUGGCAACAUCCGUGUUGGCGACUACAUCCUACUCAUCGACUCCGACACGCGUGUUCCUGCCGACUGUCUCUUCGACGCUGCCUCCGAGAUGGAGCAGGCCCCUGACGUUGGCAUCCUGCAAUUCUCGUCCGGGGUCAUGCAGGUUGUCCACACGUACUUUGAGAAUGGCAUCACCUUUUUCACCAACCUCAUUUACACUGCGAUUCGGUAUACCGUCUCCAACGGCGACGUCGCGCCCUUUGUCGGACACAAUGCCAUCCUCCGCUGGGCAGCCGUGCAGAAUGUGGCGUACCAGGACGACGAUGGCUACGACAAGUACUGGUCCGAGUCGCACGUGUCUGAGGACUUUGACAUGUCUCUACGUCUGCAGUGUGCUGGUUAUAUCAUCCGCAUGGCCUCCUGGGCCGGCGAAGGUUUCAAAGAGGGCGUGUCCCUCACCGUGUACGACGAGCUUGCCCGGUGGGAGAAGUACGCCUACGGCUGCAACGAGCUCCUCUUCCACCCCAUUCGCACAUGGCUGUGGCGCGGUCCCUUCACGCCGCUGUUCCGCCGGUUCCUGUUCUCCAACAUUCGCCUCACCUCCAAGAUCACCAUCAUCUCGUACAUUGGCACGUACUAUGCCAUAGGCGCCGCGUGGAUCAUGACGGCUGUCAAUUACUUCCUGAUGGGCUGGUACAAUGGGUACCUUGACAAGUACUACAUUGAUUCCUGGAAGGUCUGGUUCUCCAUUAUCAUCAUCUUCAAUGGUCUCGGCAACGUUGCCCUCGCCAUCAUGCGGUAUCGUAUCGGGGAGCGCAGUCUGCUCCGCUCGCUUUUCGAAAACUUCAAGUGGACGCUCAUGCUGGCUGUCUUCCUGGGUGGCUUGAGUCUGCACGUCUCGCAGGCGCUUUUGUCGCACAUGUUCGAGAUCAACAUGACAUGGGGAUCAACGAGUAAGGAGGCCGAGUUUUCGAACUUCUUCAUCGAGGUGCCAAAGGUUUUGAAGAAGUUCAAAUUCUCCAUCUUGUUUGCGCUCGUCUCCAUCGUGGGCAUGAUCAUCCUUGCCGUCGCGCCAUUUGUCCCACACGACUGGCGCAUCAAGGACUUCGUCGCUAUCCUUCCUAUGGCGACGGUGGCCGCCAGUCACUUCCUGUUGCCAUUUGCGCUUAACCCGGCGCUGAUGACAUUCUCUUGGUAA